AUGGCGACACCAUUAAAAUGUGCUGUGGCAGCCCAUCUUGUCGCCAAAAACAACGUUCCCAUCAAAGGAACUUGUGAAAAGUGUAAAAGUAGUAAUCAAGUAAUUUUUGAACCAAGAUUAAAGAAGGUUAACCCUAUUGAUCGAGAGGUGUUUACUAAUUAUUUAUGUGCUGAUUGCUAUUGUCAGGAGGAGGGGAUUUCUAAUCCCUCACCUACUAAUAACAAAAAGCCAACUAGUCCUCCACCAUCCGACAAUCUCUUAGAAGCAAUAGAAAAAGGAGAAAAUAUAAAUGUAGACUUUUUUUCUGACCUUACUCCUCAUAGUAAAGCUUUUUUAAAGGCUUUACAGCAAGUUAAGAGAGGUGAGGAUAUUAAUGUUAGUGAUGCCGUGUUAUCUUGGGAAGAAAAGGAACAAUUAAAUAAAAUUAAGGAUGAGGUUCGAGCCAAGCAAAGGAAAAAUUCUUCUUCUGAAGGUAAAGAUAAGGGUUUACCUGGUCCAGUAAUAGGAAUAAUAGUAAUUGGAGUAGUAGGAAUGGAAGUUGAGUCAGUAGGACAUCAUUUUUUAUCUUCACUACCAGUAAUACUUAACAAAGCUAUAACCAAUAGAAGAAUAGAAUACAUAAAGGCAAAACUGGAAAAGAGCAAUAUUCAAGUUAAAGAAUUAGAAGACUAUCUUAAUCAAAAACUUUUGGACAAUAAUUAUAGUGAUUGGGAAAAUCAGAUGAAAUCAG